AUGGGAAAAAGGCAGCGCAGUGACUACCGAGUGGACGGUGGAGCAUCUUCGACGGAAUCAAACGAUGAAACAUUACUUUCCACUAAGAUGAAUGGGGGUGAAGUGUGUACACACAUACAAAAAUCUAUUGACUUGAACGCGAUACGAAAGCAAAUCAAAACCAAUGACGCCUGGUUUAAAAAGGUUUGUAGCAAGUGUAUGGAUGAGCCAGCGACACACGGUGGAAAUCAUAUCCACAAAACAUCGAAAGAGUUCAGCGAUGCCAGUUGUGAAUCGGCGUUGUGGCUUUGUCUCAAGUGUGGAACACAACUUUGUGGUCGGAAGCAAAAUCAGCAUGCUUUAAAACAUUAUACAGUACCUCGUUCGGACGUUCACGCGCUUGCCAUGAAUACAACUACGAUGGACGUGUGGUGUUAUUGCUGUAAUGUGGCAGUCGAUUCGUUCGCAAAACCAAAGUUACUCGAACUGGUUGAGCUUAUUAAACGUGAAGUAAUGAAAGUGCGGUUCUCCAGUACUACCAACACAUGUAUUGCGGAAAUGCAAACGAAAUUACGAGAUACAACAGAGUCAGUCAGAAGCAUGGUACUUCAAUCAAAUACAAACAGUUCGUUCGAUGUGCCGGAUGCUGCAAAAAUGAACUCUAACAAUCAAACUUACGAAUCCAAACCGGACAGUGGGUAUAGUGGAACUGGGCUAAAACAGGUCAACCAAGCUUCGUCCGCGAUUGUUCGGUAUGCGAUGCCAAUGAAAUCCAUAGUCGAUUCACUGCCUCGCGUGCGUGGUUUGUCCAAUCUUGGUAACACUUGCUUCUUCAACGCCGUCUUGCAGUGUUUGGCUCGUACACCUUAUCUACUUGAUAUAUUAAAGCAGUCUUCGACCGAAGGUGAAAAGGUGCACAUACCUGGUGGGAUUUUAAAAUUACAUGACGGUUCCGACAUGGCGAUGCCGCCUAUAGACGGUGCAUUGCCCAAUUGGCGCAGUCUGACAGCAGCGCUAGCCGAGUUGCUAAGCGAAUUAACUGCGAAUGCGGAAGAAUCACUAUCACCGAACUGGUUGCUUCAGGAACUGACCAGCAAGUGGCCCCAGUUCGAUGGGGGUGAUCAGCACGACUCGCAUGAAUUAUUGCGACAUCUGUUAGAAAGUGUGCGCACGGAUGAUUUACGACGCUACCAGUCCCUUAUACUGCAACGGCUCGGGUUGGAUACGCGGCAACAGCAGCAAAACGCGGAUAGCACACAAAAGGCAGUGGCAAAGUUCUACAAUGAACAAAUUUCCCAGUGGGUGUUCCGUCCGGAGCAGGUAUUCAGGGGUUCGCUCGUCUCAACCUUAACUUGUCAGGACUGCCAUCACACAUCGUCGCAGCAUGAAUACUUCCUUGAUAUUUCGCUACCGGUGUGCGUAGAGAAGCCACAACCUCCAAUCAGACGAAGAAGUAGUCCCGAGCCAGAUGGGCAUACCUCCGGAGGAAUGACGUUGUCCGGUGCCAGGGGAGCGUCAGCAACAUCCACAGAUGGGACACCAGUAUCGAAGUCUGCCACCAAAAAAGAACGAGAAUCUAAUAAAAAAGCGAAGAGGAUUGCAAAGCAUCAGAAAAAUAGAAUUAACCUGUCGUCGGUCGGUAGUGGUGGUGGAAUAUUAGCGCCUGCUGGGGGGGAUACAGUAGGCAACGGGAGUGAGGAAAGUGAAUCCAUGGCUCAUAUGAUACCUUUAACGGAUGAUCAGCCAAUCCAGCCCGAUGUUUCCAAGGUGAACGAUGAGUCUUCAGACGAUUCGAAUGAACCGUCAGACGCAGAUGUAGAAGACAAUGACGUGACGGACGAUCCGUUAUCAAAGAAUGGUGCAAUGUCUAUUGUGGAUCAAAACGGCAACCAAUUGCGUCCUCUACCGGAAAAAACGGACGAUACACCAGAAAACUUGAACAAAGAAACAGAUGGAAACAAUAUUCUGUGUGCAGUUGGUAUUAGCGCACAGCGAGCAGCACACAUUGCGCGGCAGCUACCGCCUGGGAAUGCGGGAAGCAGCGAAACAGACGAAGAUACUGUGAAGCGAAGAGGAGAAUUACAUCUAGUUACUAGUGGACGAGAUGGAGGUGACAAAGGUUGCUCUAGUGAGCCAAAGCGUAGUCGUCAGCGUACAUUUAGUCGUGCGGAUUGGAGUAACACGAUUGCGCCGCGCUAUCAAUGUGAGGAUGGGGAGUACUCGAUUCAGUCGUGCUUUAAUAAUUUUACCGCUGUUGAACUGAUGACUGGCAAUAACAAGGUAUGUUGUGAGGCAUGUACCGAACGAAUCAACGGCAAGGGUGGUAAGUCGGUCAACACGAAUGCGACGAAGCAAUUGCUUAUAUCUCAACCACCAGCAGUGCUGAUCUUGCACUUAAAGCGCUUUCAGGUAGGGUUACGAAGUGUAUUCAAAAAGCUGAACAAGCUGGUUUCGUUCCCAUUCGUCCUGGACAUAGCACCAUUCUGUGGUUCGAAAGUUAAACGCGCAUCGCACAUCCGACCUGGUCAGAAAAGAAUCUUAUACGCAUUGUACGGAUUAGUGGAGCAUUCUGGUUCUAUGCAUGGCGGACACUACGUCGCGUACGUGAAGGUGCGACCUAAGUUUGGCCCAGAAGACGAGCGAUGGAAGUUCAUUCCACAGGGCACCAAGGAUGAGCUUGAUCGUAAGUCUGAACAAGAGAUGGUCGAAGAGCAGGCGCGACGUAUGGGAAUACACAAUCGGGAUAGUGACGAUUCUCUUAGUUCAUACCAUACCACCAGCGACAACGAUGACAACGGGCAGAAGCUACUGAAGGAGCAGAAAGAACAAGACGAGCCUGAAGGUGAAGUUGGUUAUAACCCAAAGCCUUCCGAACCGUUGCCAGAUGUAGAGCCUCCACCGGGCAAAUGGUAUUGUGUAUCGGAUAGUUAUGUUCGUGAGGUAACAGAGGAAAGCGUGUUGAAAGUACAGGCCUAUUUGCUAUUCUACGAGCGUAUAUUCUAA